AUGAGAGGCCACCCCUGGCAGCGGCUGCAGCUGCAGUGGGAAGGACUUAUUGCCAUCAACUAUGCGGCCCGUGCAGCAGGCAUCACCCGCCACAUGCGCGUUCAUGAAGCCAGGGCCCUCUGCCCUGAGCUGCAGUGUGUCCAUGUUGAGACCAUUGGUGGGGAUGAGCUGGUGGACACAAAGGACCGCACAAAGCAGAAGGCCUGCCUGGAGCGUUACAGGAAGGCAUGCAUAGAAAUUCUGGCAGUCCUGCACAAGGCUGCACCACAGGCCGUCAUUGAGAAGGCAUCAAUCGAUGAGGUGUACAUGGAUGUGACCACAAUGGUGGAGAGGGAACUGAGAGAGAGGGCGCAGGCUGACAGCUGCAGGGAGGCGGAGACUGGGGAGGGGGGCGCGCACGAUUGGGAGGCCGGGGGGUCCCCUGUGGACGCAUUCUCAUGGGGGGGCAUUGUGCUGGGGGGCGGGCCCCUCGAUGUCGGCAGCGAGUUUGAGCGACGGCUUUCCAUCGGCGCAAACAUUGCCUGUCGCCUCCGCGGCGCCGUCCGGGAUCAGCUGGGAUUCACAUGCUCGGCGGGCAUUGCAGCGAACAAGCUUCUGGCCAAGGUGGCCUCGGCCAUGAACAAGCCCAAUCAGCAGACCAUUGUGCCCCCCAGGGCGGUGGACGAAAUGAUGAGGGAUCUGCCGCUGAAGAAGCUGCGAAACUUUGGGGGGAAGCUGGGCGCUGAGCUGGCGGCCAUGGGCUGCGUGACCGCCGGGCAGGUUUCUGCGCUGCCCCACGGGCAGCUCACUGCGCGCUUUGGCGAAGAGCGCGCCGCAGGCAUCGCGCGCGCCGUGCGCGGCUACAGCGACGAACCUGUCCAGGUGAAGGAGCUGGCCAAAUCAAUGCUGGCGGCCAAGUCGUUCAACGCAACGAGUGCACCGGCCGAGCUGGACCGAUGGCUGCGCAUCCUGGCCGACGAACUCUCCCACCGCCUCACUGAGGACGGCCUCACGCACUCCAGAGCGCCGCGCACCCUCAGCCUCUCCUACAGGGGCAGCAACGGCGAUCGCAGCAAGUGCUGCCCGGCGCCGAGGCCCACCAAGGAGGGCUACACAGUGGAGGCCCUGAAGGAGGCCGGCUCUAUACUGCUGCGCAAGUGCCACGACAUCUACCCCUGUGCGCGCCUUGCCCUGCAGGCAAGUCUCACCACUCCGGAUCUGCUCAUGUGGAAGCCUCAGGAUGUGGCAUCGAGUGAGUCAUUGAAUUUGAAUUUUGUGGCAUUGUUGCAGGCCUCGGACUUCUACACCCUGCCUUUGAGCGAUGACCAGGGUGCCAUCAGCCGCUUCCUCACCAGCGCUACAGGCGAUGGCGGGGCAGCUCUGCCAGAGGCGCCCAAGCCCAAGAAGAGCGGCCCGCAGCAGCCCAGCAUCGCGCAGAUGUUCAAGCGCGCGGCGGCAAAGGCCCCGCCUCAAGGGCCGCCGCCUGAUCAGGCGCCGGACGCAGCUUCCGCCCAGCCGCCAGCACAGGAGGCAUCGCCUCAGUCUGUGGGCGACCGAGGGGCGUCUGAUGGGGUACCCAGCAACACCCCUGACGCGCAGGCCGGCUCGGUCAGGAGUCCUGGACAGCGGGAGGCUGCCCAGGGGAAUGCAGCAAAGUCAGGGGAAGGGGGCCAUACAAUUCCUCUGGCAGAAGGACGACAGGGCAGCCAGGAUCAGCCAGGCAGCAAGAGCCCACUGCUGCAACUUCCCAACAGCGCAGGAGCCUCGCUGCAAAGGCAGUCCUUGCAAGCAGCAAAUGAUGUGCGCAGCAGUAGGCCGGCUUCUGAUGCACAAUGCAACAUCGCAGACAGACCAGAUGCCGAGAUCGCUGCAGCUGGACAAACAGAGUUGGGCAGAGGAGCAACUGACACAGCAGGCGUCCGUCAGCCUGAGCAGAGUCAGCACCCCCACACCAGGGAUCCUGGAGAUGCUGGGCCCCCUGGACACCCAGAUGCUGAUGUGGCGGCCACGCCUUGUCAGCCUCCAGGUGGCGUUGUGUCAUCUGGGCCCGCAGGUGGGGCCGCAGGAGCGCAGCCCGAGUGCGAUCUCACGAGCGUAGAUGUCGAUGAGCAGAAACGUAUCAUGCGCGAGAUCUGGCUGAGAGGUCAAGGGAACGCUGGCAGACCAGGUAGCGGUGAUGUCGGGGGUGAGUCAGCUUCGGCACCGGCCGUGGCUGGUGACAGAUCGGCAAAGCGGGGCCGAGUGGGGACUGCUGGUUCUGGCAACGGCGCUGCUGCCAAGGAAAGUGCCAGCAAGCAGAUGCGCAUUUCUGCCAUGUUCAAGGCGCCCAAGAAAGCUUAG